AUGAGUCUGUUCAAGAAACGGAAAGAUCAUAGGCAGAAAGAGAAUGAUAUCUGGGAAAAUAAUAGAUUGCAAACUGCGGGUACGAUACAGCGUGGUGAUGUUGACUUAGACUUUGAAGAUACAAGUGAACCAACAGUUCAAUUAUCUACACAUCAUCUAACCCCACCCUUUUUGAAUGGUACAAAUGUCUUCACAAUACAGAAAGAUCCUAUUAGUGCUGUUAGAGACCCACAAAGUGAUUUAGCUGUUGCGGCUAGAAGAGGAAGUGGGUUGGUUCAACAGCGAAGACAACAAAAAGAACGUCAAAGUAAGGCGAAAGAUGCUGCAAGUUUAGUUGGAUCAGUUAUAGGUGAAGUCUUGGGUGUUGAAAAUAAAGAAGAUAACAAUGAUACAAAGAAUAAUAAUAAAUACAAUACUGAUGAUAAAGAUGAAGAUGAUGCAGAUUCAAAAGAUGAACCAAAACUCAGUAUACAAGAACAAAGGAAAACAUUACCAGCUUAUUCUGCAAGAGAAGAUGUAUUGAAAAUGAUUAGAGAUAAUCAAGUUGUUGUCAUUAUUGGUGAAACAGGUUCUGGUAAAACUACACAAUUGACGCAAUUUUUGAAUGAAGAUGGUUAUGGAAGGUUAGGUAUGAUUGCAUGUACACAACCAAGACGUGUUGCUGCUGUUAGUGUUGCACAACGUGUUGCUGAAGAAAUGGGUGUUAAGGUUGGUGAUGAAGUUGGUUAUUCCAUUCGUUUUGAAGAUGUCACUACAGAUAAGACAAUUAUAAAGUAUAUGACUGAUGGUAUUUUAUUAAGAGAAACUUUGGUUGAUUCUGAUUUGGAUAAGUAUUCUUGUAUUAUUAUGGAUGAAGCACAUGAAAGAACUCUUAGUACGGAUGUUUUAAUGGGGUUAUUCAAGAACCUUUUGGAAAGAAGAAGAAAUUUGAAAUUGAUUAUCACAUCUGCUACAAUGAAUGCUGAUAGAUUUUCUAAAUUCUUCGGUAAUGCACCUCAAUUCACUAUACCUGGUAGAACUUUCCCUGUUGAUGUUAUGUUUUCCAAAUUCACAGUCGAAGAUUAUGUUGAAAGUGCAGUCAAACAAGCAUUAACUAUUCACUUACAAUCAGGUCCUGGUGAUAUCUUAAUUUUCAUGACUGGUCAAGAAGAUGUUGAUGUUACAUGUGAAGUACUUGCAGAUAAAUUAAAACAAUUGGAUGAUCCACCACCAUUAGAGAUAUUACCAAUGUAUUCUUCAUUGCCUGCGGAACAACAAAAGAAAAUUUUCAAAAAGACUAAACCUGGGUAUAGAAAAGUUGUUGUUGCGACAAAUAUUGCAGAAACAUCUUUAACUGUUGAUGGUAUUGCAUUUGUUAUUGAUCCUGGUUAUUCAAAAUUAAAAGUUUACAAUGCAAGAAUUGGGUUAGAAAGUUUAGCUAUAACACCAAUUUCACUUGCAAAUGCAAACCAAAGAUCUGGUAGAGCUGGUCGUACUGGGCCUGGUAGUUGUUAUAGAUUAUACACUGAGAAGGCAGCAAGAGAAGAUAUGUACCCACAAACAAUUCCAGAAAUUCAAAGAACAAACUUAUCAAAUACAAUAUUAUUAUUGAAAUCAUUAAAAAUUGAUGAUUUAAUUAAAUUUCCUUUUUUGGAUCCACCUCCAAAAGAGACUAUAACUGCUUCUUUGUAUGAACUUUGGUCAAUUGGUGCAUUAGAUAAUUUUGGUAAACUAACUGAAUUAGGUCAUAGAAUGUCAAAAUUUCCAUUACAACCUGCAUUGUCAAAGCUAUUAUUGAUUUCAUCUGAAAAUGGAUGUUCAGAGGAAAUGGUUAUAAUUGUAUCAAUGUUAUCAGUUCCAAGUGUAUUUUAUAGACCUAAAGAAAGACAAGAAGAAUCAGAUAUCUCACGUUCAAGAUUUUUCGUACCUGAAUCUGAUCAUUUAACUUUAUUGAAUGUUUAUUCACAGUGGAAGGCAAAUAAUUUUUCAGAUUUUUGGUGUAAAAAGCAUUUUUUACAUAAUAAAUCAUUGAAAAAGGCUAAAGAUAUCAAAGAGCAAAUUGAAGUAAUCAUGAAUUCAAAUAAAAUCCCUGUUGUGUCAUCUGGUUAUGAAUGGGAUAUUGUUAGAAAAUGUAUUUGUUCAGGUUAUUUCUAUCAAGCUGCAAAAGUACAUGGUUUUGGUGAAUAUGUCAACUUGAGAACUGGGAUGAAAUUACAACUACAUCCAACAUCUGCGUUAUUUGGUAUGGCUGAUUUACCUCAAUAUGUUGUUUAUCAUGAGUUGAUGUUAACAACAAAAGAAUAUAUUUCCACUGUUACUGCUGUUGAUCCAUUAUGGUUAGUUGAGUUCGGUGCUGUAUUCUUUGCAGUAAGAGACAAGAAUAAAAAUAAAGAAAAUGGGUUGAAGAAGAGAAAGAUUGAAGAGGAAUUGGAAAAAGAUGCUAAAAGUUAUGAAGAGCAAAAAGUUAAAGCUAAGAAUAAGACUACGAAAAAGGCAAAGCCAGUGGUGAAUAUUGGUAUGAAUGCAAAUAGAAGAAGAAGGGGAUUUUGA